AUGCCUUCAAUUACAUUGACAAAAGAAUCACACAAGAAUCCUUCAAAGUUCAGAAUCAAAUACCAGGAUUGCAAUGCUGUGUUAGGACCAGAACAUAGUGCACAAAAGAAUGUCAAUGAAAAAUUGCCAACAAUUCACACAUCUUCAAAUGUUGCUAUAAUCGGUGCAGGAUUCGGAGGUGUCGGAGCUGCCAUCAAGACUAUUGAGAAAUUAAAAGAGUCUAAUGUACAGAUAUUUGAAAGACACGACAAUUUUGGUGGCACAUGGUAUGCAAAUACGUACCCUGGUUGUGCUUCUGAUAUUCCCGCUAUUUGGUAUUCAUAUUCGUUUGCUUUGACCUCGAAUUGGAGUAGGGUUCAACCACCACAGUAUGAAAUGGAGGAGUAUAUUUUAAGAAUAGCCGAGAAAUACAACCUAGAAGAAAAGACUCGUUUUGGGACUUUUAUCGACAAAUGUGUUUACAACGAUGAGACUGCCCUUUGGACCUUGUAUGCUCACGAUGUGAAAACAGGCCAAAAGAUCGAGCACACAACCCGCAUUCUUUUGUCUUGUUCUGGAGGUUUAGUGAAUCCAAACCAAUUGAAAGCGCCAGGACUCGAAAAUUUUAAGGGAAACUAUAUGCACUCGGCAGUUUGGGAUCACUCAGUAGACUUUAAAGGCAAAAAUGUGGUUGUUGUUGGUAACGGAUGUUCAGCGAAUCAGGUAGUUCCGGCUUUGUUGAAUGACCCUCAAUACAAUGUUGGUUCGAUCACCCAGAUUGUCAGAUCAAAACAUUAUAUUAUGCCACCCGUCCCAAAAGCUUUGCUGUAUCUUUAUCGCUUGCUUAGUUUUAAUUUUUAUGGGUUGGCAUUUGUUCGAUGGCUCGUGAUUUUUAUUGCUGAAUUAAGAUUCCCAUUGUACAAAGGAAACGGGAUUAUAUCCAAACUUGUGCGUUGGAUCAAUACAAAAGUAUCCGUCAAAUACGUGAAGAAACACGCCCCUAAGAAAUAUUGGGAUUUGGUGAUUCCUGAUUACAAAAUCGGAUGCAAGCGUUUAAUUUUUGAUUAUCAAUACGUUCCUGCAUUGAAUGAUCCAAGAAUAAGUCUCACAAAUGUGGGUAUCAAGAGAGUUGUCGAGGAUGGAAUUAUCUUAGACAAUGACGAGUUUGUUAAGGCCGAUAUCAUUGUUGCAUGCACUGGUUACGAUUUGAAACAAGCAUUGAAGCUUCCCUUUGUCACUACCAAGGGAUACAAUAACCAGGAAAUAUGGACAAAGGAAGGCAUAAGCACUUAUCGUACCGUUUUGAUGAAACACAUGCCAAAUUUGUUUGCAAUUGGUGGUCCAAAUUCAGCAACUGGCCAUUCAUCAGUUGUCAUGGCUCUCGAAAACGGUAUCGAUUACUAUAUAAAAUUAGCUAAACCCGUCCUUGAAGGCAAAGAAAAAUCUGUUGUCGUAAAACCUGAAGCUUAUGACAAAUGGCAUGAGGAUAUUCAAGAGGAAUUAAGCAAAAGUGUUUUUGGUACCAAAUUUGGUGGGUGUGUUUCAUGGUACAGUAAUGAAAAAGAGAACCCAACCGCGUUUGCUUGGUCACAAUUGUAUUACUGGUACAUUACUCACUUCCCAAACUACAAGGACAUUGUUUAUGAGCAUUUCGACAAGAAAAAGGCUUGA